AUGGAUCACUCGAGAGAUCCCUGCCCCUGGGUCGCCCUGAGUGACUUCGGUGGUGCCUUUUGUAUGGGUGCCAUUGGUGGUGCUGUUUGGCACGGUGUCAAGGGCUUCCGCAACAGCCCCUAUGGUGAGCGUCGGAUAGGUGCCUUGACUGCCAUCAAGGCUCGUGCUCCCGUGCUCGGUGGUAACUUUGGUGUCUGGGGUGGCAUGUUCUCCACAUUUGAUUGCGCCAUCAAGGGCAUUCGCAAGACCGAGGAUCCUUGGAACAGCAUUAUUGCUGGUUUCUUCACUGGUGGUGCUUUGGCUGUGCGUGGUGGUGUCAAGGCCGCUCGCAACUCCGCCAUCAUGUGCGCCGUUUUCCUGGGUGUCAUUGAGGGUGUUGGCAUUGGUUUCCAGCGUAUGAUGGCUGACAACACCAAGCUCGAGCUCCUCUCUAGCUUCCUCCUCCUCCCCCUCUGA